CCAUCACACUCUCCAAGUAUAUAAGAUGCUUUCGAAAUGUUUGACUAGGUUAUUUACGUUUGCAAUCCUCUUCCUCCAUCGAAGUCGAUCUCUGCGCUGAUGUUGAUUGGGCACGUCACGCAAGUCCAUGAGAUCGAAUCGAGUCCGGUUGCUGAACCACAGAAUCAUUAAGGACCUAACAGACGGCGGUUUCUUCGAGCAAGCCCUCCAUGUUUACCGAUGUCUUCGUCUUUCCGACGUAAAGCCCGACAGAUUCACAUUCACGUAUGUGCUCAAGUCCUGCGUCGGCAUUUCAGCUAUUGAUGAAGCGAUGUCGAUCCACUCCCACAUCUUCAAGUGUGGUUUCGUAUGCAAUUUGCUUAUCACUAAUUCCUUGAUAGAAGUGUAUUCUAAUUUUGGCGCGUUAAGCUCCGCCCGGCAGUUGUUUGAUGAUAUGCCUCAGAGGAACUUGGCUUCCUGGAACUUAAUGAUUUCUGGCUACGGGAAGAACGGUCACUAUAAGGUAGCCUUGGAGCAGUGCAGUUAUAUGAAGCAUGAAGGAUUAGUAUUAGAUAAAGUGGGCGUAAAGAUUGUUCUUCCGAUAAUUGGGCAUGUGAAAGCCUUCAGUCUGGGUAAAUGCAUUCAUGCUCAUGUCAUCACUACUGGUUUAUCUAAAGACACAGCUGUAGUGACUGCUCUUUUAGACAUGUAUUCGAGAUGUGGAGAAUUUCGUGCUUCGAGCCAUCUCUUUGAUGAGAUAUCGCACAAGGAUGUCAUAUGUUGGAAUGCAAUGAUCACCGGGUACUCUCAACUUGGUAAACCUCUUUUGGUUCUUGAGCUCUUUAAGCGAAUGCUGUUCGAAGGCUUCGGGCCAAGCAUUCCUACCAUAUUUCUUCUACUUCAUGCUUGCACUGUUCUAUCUGUUAUCCAAGUUGGAAAGUGUAUGCAUGGCUAUAUCACAAAGCUUGGUUUCAGUUCAGAUGUUUCUGUAAGUGGACUUCUGAUAGACAUGUACUCUAAAUGUGGAGAGUUGGGUUCUGCUUCUCGUGUUUUCGGUGAGUUGUCCAGAGGGAAUGUUCAUUCAUGGACUUCCAUGAUUCAUGGUCUUGGCAUGCAUGGAUAUGGUAGGGUUGCUCUGAUGGCAUUUUUUAAGAUGGUGAAGAUGGGCAUUGUUCCUGAUGGCAUCUGCUUCCUUGUUUUGCUAGCUUCUUUCAGCCACUGCGGCAUGAUGGAGGAAGGGCAUAAAAUAUUCUAUUACAUGGUAUCACAAUAUGGUGUCCAGCCUAGUAUGGAGCACUAUGCAAGCAUAGUUGAUCUUUUUGGGCGGGCAGGAUACAUAAAUGAAGCAGUGGGGUUUCUAUCGCAGAUGCCAAUAGAACCGGAUAGUACUGUCAUGGGGGCUUUACUUAGUGCAUGUAGAAUUCAUGAUCAUAAAGAGACGCAAGAAGUAUUUGAGAGGUUCUUCGAACCAAAGUGGUCAGCUGCAGGUCUCUACAAGGUCUUGGUGGGCAUUCAUGCAUGCAGGGGCCGUUGGGAUGAAGUCAUUAAGAUCAGAAGGUUGAUGAAAGAGAGGGGCUUAAAGGGUACCUCCGGAUGUAGUUUGAUAGAAUUAAAUCCAUGAAGUUUGACAAUGAUUUCAGAAUUUUAUCACAUAUUUCUCAUGUGAUGGAAGCUGAGACAUUUAAUUUAGUUUUUUUCUUCUUCUCAUUUAUCCUCUUCUUCCUGACACAUAGAUUAGGUAAAAAAGAAGCCGAAAGAAAACCCAAAGAACUCGUGUUAAGAUCAGGUUCAUAUACAUGUUCUAGAAGAGCAAAAUUCAAAUUAUAAUGUCAGGUUGAACAGUUAAGCUAACUUUUAAUUUUAUAAGAAUCUGAUGAAGAAGAUGCUGAACCAGGCUCGAAUGGGGCACUGUUGUUGUCAUCUCACUUGUUCUGGAUGUAAAUGCAUUGGGAAGGUUACCAUCCUGAAUCUUGAAGCUCAACAGUGACUGAGCUUCCAGAUGGAAACAGAGCCAUGCCCAUUUAAAUCUAUGUGAUUUUGGAGGUCUCAAUCACUGGAAUCCAGCAUGAUUUGAUGGAGAUCACAGCAGGGAUCUCUUUGUGCGCUGAUGAGCAAGGAGCAGUUGUUAGCAGUUGUUACGGUUGCCGACAAGAAGAUCCAUAUGUAUAAUACAUUAGUCUAUGAAGCUCUAGUUUUUUGAGGAGCAUACCAGUUUGGCACUAUGUCACCCUUGGGAGUCCACACACACCAGAGGCACCAGAGAUCUCUCCAGAUUGCUUGGGAGGCACAUCACUUAUAUAACAUUCUUGCAGCAGUUCCGGUCGGAAAUGUGUUAAAGAGUGCCACUGGAGGACAUUUUCAGAGGACUGAGGAAGUUGAUGUGGCUUCGGGUAGGUGUGAGCUUAGAGAUGUGGAACAAGAAUUUGGAGUAGUCUUAGAUCAUGCACAUACACCAGAUUCUCUGUCCAGACUUUUGGACACUGUUGCAGACCUAUGGCCUGCAGACUCGUCUUCGAUGGUGAGCACUUAUUGCUGUUAUUGGAUGUUGAGAGAAGGAUUGGUUUGGUGCACAUACCUUAUACAUAUGAAAAAAAAUUGAGAAGAAACAUGAUAAUAAAACUACAGUUGUUAUUGUUAUGUUAACUACAGUGCCUUUGUAUGAUUUGUUGGAUAGAUCAUUUUCCCUAUUUUCCUGAUAAAAUUUUAAAAAAGAGAGAAAAAUCAGCAUCAUUGUCAAGAACUCGAAGUUUGGCUUUUUAAGUCAAACAAUUAUUCAUAUUAUGGCAUUUAGUUACAGUGAAAAUUCAAGCCAUUUUACCCUCCCUUAUAGUAUUUUACUAUUUUAAACAGAAGAAUACUGCUUUGAUACAGUCUUGGAGUUUGGAAGCUUUUUGCUUACUGUUGUUCUGUGUACAGUAUUUUGGAUGUGAAAGUAUAUGUUCAUGUGUGCCACAUGAGAGAGAGUGUGUGUAUAUGUGUGUGUGAGAGAGAGACCUUUGAUGACAAAUUUCAAUGGACAAAGGUUUUGUGGUACUGUUGACAUCUGACAAUCCAGGGAACGAAGAUCCGUGAUGUAUUGAACUUUAGCCUGAAUUUCUGAGACUGAACCCGUUUUAUAUAAUUCAGUCCUGAAUUUUAAUCAGAUUGAUAUAAAAUUGGGAAGGUCUUUUGUUUUCAUUUUAACCUGUGGACAUCUUAAAUGACAUGUUGGCUGGUGUUAGAUGGACCAUGAAAGAUUAUUUGAAACAUGGAGAAAAUUAUUACUACACUACCUUGCUAAAUGGCUAUAGGCUAUAGGCUUUUCUUACAUGACAUCGAAAGAGUUCUCUGUGGGCUGCUAUCACAAUGGUUGAGGAAGGUGAUGUCAUAGUAAGUAGACUUAACCUCGAGUCUAGAAUCAACAGUUUCAGAACCGACGAUUCCAGUUCCUAAAAUUUGGGAACCGAAACCGAACUGCACAGGACCAAUUUCGGUUCGAACCGUUGAU